CCCUCUCGGUGUUUCAGCAGAGGGGCUGCACGCGCGAUCGCGCUAUCGAUACCCCCACAGCCCACACACAACACACGCGCGCACACACAAUCACACGCACACAUAAUCACACUCGCACUUUGCGCUGCGUUCGAGGAAAGUCAGUCUUUCCCCCCUCUCGCUCUCUCGCCCCCCCCCCCCUCUCGCUUCUCUCCGUCCUCCUCUCUGGCUCCGCUUUGGUAACCUAACGGGGAGGUGUUAACUACUUUUUUCGCUUCCACAAAGCGCCUCCCGUUAUCUCCGGUGCUGCUGCGCGAGAGGCAGAGGUUGCCACUGCUACUGCUACUCCUGCUCGGCAGAAAACUUUUCGGUUUGUUGUGAGGAUAAAAAAAAGAAGAAAAGAAAGGAAGAAAAAAGAAGCAGGCGCCGGAAACCAAGGAGUCGUCUGCGAGAAGGAGCGGAUUGUGCCACGGCGAGUGUGACAACCACUUGAAGAUGCUGAACCAGCUCUGACGACCCACGGAUGUCCACCCCUUCCACGGGACCGUUUGGCUUCGGCAACACAUCCAACAGACUCUCCACGAGGGGAGACUUUUACUGCUUUUCAACCCGAAGGAAAAACCUAACCUUGGCCAUUCAUUAGAUUUAUCAUCGGGACUGAAGUCGUCUAAAUUGUGAAGUCUGUGAAGGACAGAAUAUACCCAACGGGACUUACCUGGCCCAGAACUGCGCUGUUGAAGUUGGCUGGAGACAGAGGAACCCCACUGAAGAGAAACAGACUAAAUUCAUGCUAGCCUAGACCUAGCUAGACUUUGGCUGAUUUCUUCAAGAUAGUCUCCUUUCUCACAAACUGCUCUGAGCUGCUUCCUUAUUAAAGUCAAAUUCUUUCAAAUCUCCAACCCAGAUUCACGCACUUACAUAGACACUUUUCAAGGGCCUUGGACAUUGUCUCAAAUUUGAUUGAGGAGGAAUCAUCUCCUCCUCUCCCCUAAAGUCCUAACGGCUUCGUUCUCCCGCCUAGACAUGGAUCUCCACAGGGCAGCUUUCAAAAUGGAGAGUUCCUCCUACCUGCCCAAUCCCCUGGCCUCCCCGGCCCUCAUGGUUCUAGCCUCCACUGCUGAAGCCUCUCGGGACGCAUCGAUUCCCUGCCAGCAGCCACGACCAUUUGGCGUCCCCGUUUCUGUUGAGAAGGACGUCCAUUUGCCAUUUAACAAUGGUUCUUACACUUUUGCAUCAAUGUACCACCGCCAAGGCGGAGUACCACCAGGAUUCCCCAACAGGGACUUCCCUCCGUCCCUCCUCCACCUCCAUCAUCAGUUUGCCCCACCUAACCUGGACUGCUCGCCGAUCAGUAUGCUGAAUCACAGCGGCGUUGGUGCCUUCAGGCCAUUUGCCUCACCUUCGGAUGAUCGCGAUGGAGUGCCAGUCGGGUAUCAAUCUGCUUUCACCCCAGCCAAGCGCCUCAAAGGCUGCAUGGAUGCAGAUUCCUCACCUCACUUGCGGUACUCCGAUGCAGAGGGGAAAGAGUAUGACUUUGGCGGUUCCCAGAUCCCUCCUGGAAGUUCGCCCAGCAGCGCCUUGAAAGCAGUGGAGGACAGCGGGAAAAAGAUCUUCGCGGUGUCAGGCCUCCUGUCGGAUCGAGAGACUUCCUCCAGCCCAGAGGACCGCAUUGAGCGCUUCUCCCCUGUUUAUGAAGGUAAAUUUAUAGGUCUACCAGGAGCUGUUAGCUGGAGGUGGCCUCCGCUGCUCAAACCACAACAAGGCUUCGCCCUCCACAUGGAGCAGAAACGGCAUAGUGGGCACACUGGGUUAUUUCCAUCAGCGCGCAUUACACACGACGGUAAAAAGAAGAUGUCCAUGUAUGACAGCCAGGCUCCGAUCUGUCCCAUCUGCCAGGUGCUGCUGAGGCCCGGAGAGCUUCAGGAACACAUGGAGACGGAGAUAGAGAGGCUAACCGCUGCAUGCUUCAGUAAGAACACUUCACCCAAGGAUGGAGCAGCCACUCCAGGAACCCCGAAGUCAAUGCUGUUGUCGGUGCACAUCAAGCGCGAGGGGGAGUCUCCUGUGGUCUCGCCACUGUCCUCCGAAGACGCCCACCACUCCGACAGAUACCAGACAUUUUUACGAGUUCGGGCCAACAGGCAAACGAGAUUGAAUGCCCGUAUAGGAAAGAUGAAGAGGAGGAAGCCUGAGGAUGGGGGCCAGGUAUGUCCGCUGUGCAGCGCCCCACUGGCUGGGAGCGAGGAGGAGAUGAGUAGACAUGUGGAACAAUGCCUGAUCCAGCGCGAGGGCGCGCUAGGCGACGACGACUCUGCAGACAUGGAUGCAGAGAAUGGGCGAGGCUUUGAGGAGUACGAGUGGGCGGGGCAGAAGCGAAUCCGAGCGACGGCUCUGCUGGAGGGAGGCUUCAGAGGAACUGGGUUCGCCACGUGUAGCAUCAAGGAGAGCGCGGCGGACAGUGACGUGGACCUGGACGUGGACGGAGACGACACCCUGGAGUACGGCAAGGCCCAGUACACGGAGGCUGACAUCAUCCCGUGCUCCGGAGCCGGGGAGGACCAGGGCGAGGCCAGGGAGAGGGAGGCGCUACGGGGAGCCGUGCUCAACGGUGGGAUGCCCUCUAACAGAAUAACACCCGAGUUCUCCAAAUGGGCCAGCGACGAGAUGCCUUCAACAAGCAACGGUGAAACCAGCAAGACGGAUCCCAGCACCCCUUCAUCUUCCUCUUCCACUUCCUCUUCCUCCUGCGCCCCGCGCACCUGUAAAAACAGUGAGAUCGAAAAAGUGACGGAGGACGAGUCCACGGCGACCACCAUGGAGGCCCUGAAGGCCCGGAUCAGAGAGCUGGAGAGGCAGAUACUGAGAGGAGACCGAUACAAGUGUCUAAUUUGCAUGAGGAAGCCUGCAAUCCAGUCAGGCGCGGAAAUCAAGAGCCUAGGGGUGUGGCCUGGGCCCCGGCCACUGGCCAAUGAGGUCAGAGAGAGGCAGCCUAAGUCCCUCCCCCUCGGCCUGUACUGCCUGUACAGAGGCCUUGUGAUCGGUGGCUACGGCAGCGGCAUAAAGAGGCUCCUCCCACCGCCCUUACGGAGGGACUCCUACACGAUGCCGCUCACCUCCAUCCAGUGCUGGCACGUCCACUGCGAAGAAUGCUGGCUGCGGACUCUGGGGAACAAGAAGCUGUGCCCGCAGUGCAACACCAUCACUUCACCCGGGGACCUAAGGCGCGUCUACUUGUAAAGAGCAACCUUACACACACACCCCUCCCCUCCCUCUCCAGCACCUCUUUCUCGUUCAGAUGCAUUCCUCUUCUCAUCCCGGAUUUUAUUGCCAACCUCAACAAACCACGCUCCUUCCCUGCCGGUUGUUGAGCUGGAUCCGCCCCCUGAGAGGGCGAACAGAGACGCGGCGUUCGUCUCAGACUCCACUGGCUUUCUCUUUUUGUUUUCUCGGGAGGUUCAGAAUUGGAUGAAGAGAAAAGACUGAGCAGAGCUCAACGACUCUCCCACCGAAAACAAAAAAUAAAUAAAGAAUGAAGAGUGGGACCACUGGCAGCCUCGCAGAUAUACAUGUAACACGGAGGGAAUCGUCCCCUCCCCAAUACCCAGCUAAUGCCCUGCUGAGACCAUGUAGCUUCCUGCUGCUGGAGCUUCACCUGAAAGGAACUUCUUAAUACAGAAUAGCUCUUCUUCAACAUUUCCAUGGUGCUGGACAAUGAGCUCUACCUGAAGGACUCAAUAGGAAGCUUGUUGUUGUUCUGAAGCUUAGAGACAGGAAGCUCUGAUCUUCAUGCCCCGUGUUGCAUAAGAUAAUUCAAAGGGCCUGUCCACUAAAACCGAGCUUUCAACCAAACCGAGACUAACCACACAACUUUGAAAAAGGAGUUUGACACUCCUCCACCACCUCUUCUUCUUCUCCUUCUCUCGAAACCCCCACCCUCUCCUCCUCCUUUUCCUCCCUUUUGUGGUGUUCUAGUGAAGUAAACCAAAAUUUCUUUCCCCCCAAGAUGCAGUGCAAGCACAUGUAAUAUAGUUCUAUGUAUGUUUACAAUGUUGGAUGUAAAUGACAUAGAGUUCACAAACACAUACAAACACACACGCACACACACCCAUGCAUAUACACACAGAAGUAUAUAAUAUCAAAGUCCUGUUGUAAGUUGGAACGGCCUCAGAAAUGUGUUUGGGGAGAAAAAAAAUGGCUUGAAUAAAAGAAGCCUUCUGUAUUUUUAAGAAGAAAAAAAAGAUCAUUUGAAGAUGAGUUAUUUCACUGUACAGGAAUAAAAGAUGUAAGUAAUAAAAAAACUACUCGAGACUAGACGGUCCAGAUUUAGGUGGUGUAAUUUUUUUUCUGCAGAGGUAUACUGAAAAAAGGUUGGACAAUGAUGCAAGGAGAGGUGUGUUUUUUUGAAAAGCGAGAUUCCCAUUGGCCAAGAUUUACUAUGGACAAGCUUCUUGUUUUCACCUCCUCUGGAGGAGUAACGCCACGCUCAGAUCCCAGUCUAGAAACGUUCCGUUUUCACCCCCUACAUGUCUCAGAAGCAAGCCUUUGCCAUUGUUUUUCUCAUACUGCUGAAACGCUGCGGAAAGGUCUCAAAAAAUAGCAACUCCUGAAGGGCAGGUUCUUUUAGCUACAUCGGAUGAGGGAGCUCUCUGGAAAAGAAGGACGAGCUGGGGCUGAACUGGCAACUUCAGGAACCCUGCAGCAUUGACCCCCCCAGCCCCCUCCCCUUUACGGCAGCAGCAGCAACCAAGGUGGUGAUGCUUUGUGUUUGUAAAACUAUGUAUUCUGUGAUGUCUGUAUUGUUGUAAGAAAUGCUGAAAAAAAUGAAAAAAUAAAACUUCUCAAAUACC